AUGGAGUGCGGACCAAGGAUAGAGGACGGUUCAAUUCGUGUCGAUGGCACCGAAUUAAAGAAGGUGAACUGUUUCACGUACCUUGGAUCCAAAGUGACUUCCACAGGCGACAUUGAUCAAGAAGGUCGAGCACGUGUUAAUGAAAUGGAAAAUGAAAAGAUGAAAUGGAAAAUGGCAACAGGCGUACUGUGCGACAGGAAAGUCCCUGUUCGACUGAAGUCGAAGAUCUACAGGACGGUUGUGCGUCCUGUUGCCCUUUGCGAGUGA